UAAAUGUAUAUUAGUCUUUCAUCUCAGAAUAAGACUUGGUGGACUCAUACUUCAUUGGUACCAACAGAAACUCAUGAUAAAGUGUCUUACUUAAUAAAUGGAGUGAAUAGUUUCUAAAAUAAAACAUCAUUGAUUUCAACUUAUUUAAGUUUGGAAGCAGUUAAUAGGAUUCCAGUUGCCAAGAAAUUAGCAAUAUAUUUUAAAGCUGGCAUAGUUGGUGCCAUAUUCUUAGGAUCAAGGUAAAUAGGAAUAAAUAAUAAUAUAAGAAUUGCAGCAGCAUCAAUUUAUGAAAGAAACAUAAAAUCUGAAGUCAGUAAAUUAUUAGAUGGUGCACCAAUUUGGGAAAAUAAGUUUGAUGUACCUGAAUUGGAUAAGAAAUUCUUCUUCAUAGAUGAUGAUAACAAUUUCGAACCCUCUUUAUGGCAUCAUGGAAUGUAUUAAUUAUUUUAUAAAAAAAGCAACUCAAUUGAGAAGCCUAAGUUAUUCUACAAGCAUGAGUGAUUUUAAUCAUUUAAUGGAU